ACAACGUUGUGUUGGUAGUUUAAGCGACCAGCAGAGGUAAACAACGUCACACUCACGGGAUUCUCUCAGCCUUAACAAAACAUUUUUUUAAAGGAAGCUUCUUUUCCGUUUCCUGAAAUAUAGUGGUUGAGGUGCUAUAUAUUAGAAAGGUAUAGUGCUGGCAUUUGCAAAGACAUAUCUUUUAUCAUAGCAGUGCCAGUGUUUACCAUGCCUACAGAAAGAACGCCCCUCUUGCCGCGGCAUCCCUCAGCAAUGGAUGCAAGGGAGGCUCGAAGACAGACUGCAGCUACGGUAGUCAUCUUGGUAGUGCUGACCUUGGAACGUCUUGCUUACUAUGCCCUUGCUACAAAUUUCUUUCUGUUUCUUAACAAGGGUCCUUGGGAUGGUCCUCAGGCAUGGGAUUCUCUGGAUGCUAUGAAUGCUGUAUUUGUCCUGGCGGGAGUCUCAUACAUGUCUGCUCUUCUAGGCGGAUACAUAUCAGAUGCGUGGCUGGGACGCUUUAAGACUAUGGUGGCUGGUUUUUUACUGUACAUAAGCGGUUAUAUCCUUCUGACCUUAAUGGCAGUUGAUCGUUUGCCUCGUAUCAUAUGUGAAGCCAAUAAUAAUAGUUCAGACAGUGAGCUGAGUGAUACUCCUAAUGCGCCUUGCAAAGUUGCGGUUUAUGUAUCAGUCACAAUUGUGGGCUUAGGGGUCGGCAUUGUCAAGAGCAACAUUGCACCUUUCGGUGCUGAACAGCUUAAUACUGCAAAUCCACACAAGACUCGGGCAUUCUUCAACUGGUUUUACUGGUGCAUCAACCUUGGCAGUCUUGUUGGUGUUGGGGCUAUCUCUUACAUUGAACAAGACAACCCAGGAAUUUGCUCUAAUGGCUUCUUUUGUGGAUACCUUAUUGCUUCAGUUUGCCUACUUUUGGCUCUGAUAUUGUUCAUCAUGCUUCUACCUUGUUACCACAUUGUGCCACCAGAGGGCAGUGUAAUAGGUAACAUCCUUAAGAUCAUUUGGGCAUCCAUAUGCGCUCAGUUUCGACAUUGGAGGUAUAAUCAACCCAAUCCCAAUUCCAGUCCUCUUCACUUGGAACCAAGAUUUCUUGAUAGAGCAAAAAUACGAUUUGGUGGUUCCUUCCAUGAGUCUGCAGUAGACGAUGUGCGUUCACUUGGGAAGUUGCUUAAUGUCUUCACUGCUCUCAUACCUUAUUGGCUGGUGUAUUUCCAGAUGGAGACAAGUUUUCAGGCCCAGGGUUUGCACAUGCACUUCUCUAUUCAUGGCACUGACCACCACAAUAAUACAGAUGAUACACUACAGACAGAUAAGGCAGAGAAAUUCAAUGUACCAGCUGCAUGGCUCACCCUCUUCAAUCAGCUGUUUCUGAUUGGAGCUAUCCCUCUUCUUACCAGUUUUCUCUACCCAAUCAUGGAUCGAGCAGGCAUACGCAUGUCCAUGCUUUUCAGGAUUGGUAUUGGUAUGGUGUUCAGUAUCUUAGCUGUCAUGACUGCAGGUGGUCUAGAGUCAUACAGGAUAUUCCUCUGGCGGACUGAUAAUUCAUCUCAUAUUGAUCAGAUUGUGGGCAAUGUAACUUACCAUGCUGUUAACAUUUCUAUCUUCUGGCAAAUUCCUCAGUAUGUUCUAGUUGGGGCUGCAGAACUCUUCGCUAGUAUUGCAGGUUUGGAAUUUGCAUAUUCUGCUGCACCUCGGUCAUUCCAGGGAAUGAUCAUGGGUUUAUUUUACACUAUGGAAGGCAUUGGUUCCCUUCUAGGUACAGCACUGCUCCACCUUGUGAGCCCUUUUUGGCUCAGUAAUAUGACUGACUAUGGCAACAUCAAUGACAAUCACCUUGACUUUUAUCUCUACUUCCUGGGCAUCUUACAAUUCACUACCUUCUUGAUCUACUGUGGUUCACUCUACAUGCAAAGGUUUUCCCUACGGCCAGUAGCGAUGCCUCGUACUAGAAGAGGCAGGGGAAGGAGGUACACUGUGGAUCCUCAGGCAGAUGGAGGUGCAAGAGGAGGUAUACUGAAAGAGGAGGAAGAUGAGGAGGAGGAUGAUAAUCUGGAAGAGGAGGAAGAUGAUGCCAGAGAUGAAGAGAGACCUAGAGAUAGUCAGCUGCUGCUAUGAAAAUGAGUUGUGUUUAUUGCUCUCUCUUUAUUGUAAAUACUGAAUCUCGGCACAUGAGUGUUCUGUUAUCCUAGUACAGUGGACCCCGGUUAACGAUAUUUUUUCACUCCAGAAGUAUGUUCAGGUGCCAGUAUUGACCGAAUUUGUUCCCAUAAGGAAUAUUGUGAAGUAGAUUAGUCCAUUUCAGACCCCCAAACAUACACGUACAAACGCACUUACAUAAAUACACUUACAUAAUUGGUCUCAUUCAGAGGUGAUCGUUAUGCGGGGGUCCACUGUAUUCACAGUUACAUUGUUGGCAUCAUUUUUUUUUUUUUUGGUUAAAAGUAAUGACACUUGAAAUUGUGUAAUCUCUUUGUGUGCAAAAUGUCCUAUAUAUAUUACUCUGUGUUUAAUGUGUUGUAUUUCUUAUUUUUUUAUUUACUUCAAAUGUCAGUUACUUUGAAAUAUCAACACUUGGGUUUACCUGUGUUUUAGCUACUUAUAUUUGUUAUUAAUACUGAUAUUUUGCUAUUUCAAUUGGCUUUAAAUAAGAUGCUUAACAUGAAGAUUUUAUUAAAUAACUCUUACUUUUGAUUUUACAUUAUACUGCACUCAUUCCAUCCUAAUAAUUUUUUUGUUUAGAAAUAUUACAAAAACAGUUGCUAGUUUAGUGAGUGUUCAUAGGCUAUGGUUCAUAGGCUGAAAUACAUCAACAUUAAAGCUUUAACUGUUGAGACACACCGCUAACAUUUAGUCACUUAAUUUUUUAUUAGUUCAGUUAUACUCUUAAUUAUGUAAUCCAGAUGAGAAGAUAGCUCAGAUUGUUAAUUUUUUUUUUGUUGCUUUAUCUCUGGAUGAUAUCUUGAGAAUUCAUCUUUAUUUUAUCAUUAAUGGUGACCUGAAACUAACCAUUUAUUUAUGUUGAUGAAGUAGUUUUUUUAUUCAGAUUGGACAGUGAAGGCUCCAAAAAUAUCAAAUAAGCAGAAUUACUCCAGUCUUAUUAUACACAUUUCUUAAUACCAGAUGUUGUGCCAAUAAGCUUUUUAUUCAAGUAAACUUUCAAAGAUUGUUGACUUUUUCGAAUAUUGGUGGUCCUUGAAACAGUCUGUUUCUUUCCUGCUAAGCGCCCAGCUAUCGAUCUGCAAAACACCCUGGAGGAUAGAAUAGCAACUUCUGUGUCUGUCUGCAUGCUCAUAAUUCAUCCCCCUCUCUGUUUUAAUCACUACCUGUAUCCCCUGUUCUACUUAAACCUCAUUUCCCUCUCUGUUAUAAUCAGUGUCUGUAUCUGCUUUACCUUUGUCUAGUGGUGUUUUGUCUCCAUCCACACAUAACUGCUGUUAUCCCUCUCAGUUCUUUGGUUCUGAUUGAUUACCACAUAUCUUUUCUUCAGUGUUUCAUGCCUGUCAUGUAAUGUAAUGUCAAAGAACACAGGGGUAGUUUGGGAAGUCUCAACAAUUGAUAUCUUAGUUUUGUCCUGUAUGCAUUGUCUCCAAGAAAAAUAAGCUUUGUCACAUUGGAUUUUCUGUUUCAUGUUGUGCUCUUACAGUCUGUCGACCCAUUUUCUGAUGUCUCAUGCAGUGAAAAUGCAUUUCUUGAGUAUACUGAUAUUCCAUACCUUUGAUUGUGUAUUCAGAUUCUAUUACACUUUACUUCAGCCUGUGUUUAUUAAGGCAAGUUGUAUACAAGCUGUUCCUCAUAACCCUCCUUCCUGCUUUGUGGCUUUAACCCCUUCAGGGUCCAAGGCCCAAAUCUGAAGUGGUGCCCCAGUGUCCAAGAAUUUAAAAAAAAAAAAAAUUGUUAUUUUUUCUUAUGAAAUGGUAGAGAAUCUUUUUGUGAAGGUAAUAAAACAAAAAGUACGAAAUUUGAUGGAAAAUUGACGAAAUUAUGCUCUCGCGAAUUUUGAUGUGUCAGCGAUAUUUACGAAUCGGCGAUUUUGCCGACUUUGACUCCCAUUUUAGGCCAAUUACAUUAUUCCAGUCAACCAAAUUCUUAGCUAUUUCACUAGUAUUACUUCUAUUCUAUCGAUUGAGCACAAGAAAUUGCCAAGUCAACUGUUUCAACUGCAAAUUAAAGUGAUCGGAAAUUGUUAAUUUGGCCAAUUUAACACAAAGUUCAAAAUAUUCCAAUUUCAAAAUAGGGUUCAGAAUAAACAAUGUAGGUAUUCCUGGAACUAAACUAACAUUUCCUCUGUUCAUUAGUUACAUUUUGAGGCUUUACAAAUAAAUUCCAUUUUGAUUUUUUAUUCACAUAAUGAAUUUUUAUUCACACCAAAAAAAUAGAAGAUUUACUGUUAUGCAUUACUGUAAUAAUUGUAUAAAUAUCAUCACCAUAUUUGUGAAUGCAUAUUAGACCCACCAGCUGGCGUGUAUUAGACGUGUGAGGUCGUUUGUUUACUCUUGAAUAUCGGCAAAAAUUUAACAUUUCUGCUACUUUGAGCUCAGUUUCAAGCCAUUUCCAGUGCUAAAACCAAUCAAAAUCAUCUCUAUUUCUGUAAUAUGUCUUCCAUUCUAUCAAAUGAGACCAAGAAAUCACAAAUAGAACUAUAAAAAACAUACGAAAAAACACUGCAAAGUCUCUAUUUUAAUCGAAAAAUCAUGAUUUCAGUUUUUUUCUCUCAUUAUACACAGCGUGCUGCAGGAUCUGUUUUAUGUGGUGCACACAUACCACAUAGAUGUAUUCUCUCAUAUCUAGGCCCAAAUGUACCACUCACAGUUUAUCAGAGUGAGCUGAGCUCAUGACGUAGAUCUACGGUUUGGACCCUGAACGUAAAGCCGUAGAUCUACGGGACGGACCCUCAAAGGGUUAAACAACCUGCUAACUUUGGUUUCAUCCACUUCUGCUGUUAGAUGGUAUUAGUUGUCACUAUUUUCCUUGGGGCCGAGCUCAUUGUGACUUCAGUAGCGGUCUGUGUGGGUCUUUUCUCAUCCCUUUGCUUUUGCAUGUCUUAAAUAUGAAGGUUAAAACCUAUGUCAGCUCAAGAAUUUUUUUGUACUCAAAUAUUGGCUUUUAAGUAUACUCGUAACAUUUAUGCUGUACAGUGAUAUAAUCCAGGUAUAUUUUCUUGGUUAGUAAUAGUUAUAUGCUGCUUAUCAUACUGUGUAUGUUUUGGGAAUAAGUGUGCAUGAGUUUGGAAAUUAUUAAAGGAAAAAACUUGAAAUUUGUUACACCUAAUAUCUGGAUCAGAAUUAAAUUUUUCUAUUUCUAAAACAGGGGACUAACUCUCCUUAAGUCUUUAAAUUUGUUUUUCAUUCUAAGGAAUUAUAAGCAUGGAUUUACAUCAUUCAAAAACAAAUACACAUAUUUUGUAAUAAUUUUGCUUUGGUACAUGAUAAGGCAUAGGCAGCUCAGCAACAUUCGAAAAAGAAAGUUUACUUAAUAAAAUUUGUAUGUAUUGUAAGAUAUUCAGGAACAGAACAGGAAUAGCUCCUUCUUUGUCCUAAUGAGUUUGCAACAUGUCUAUUUAGACUAAUUUGAUACAUCUUUAAGCACUCUGAUUAUAAUAAUAAUAAUAAUAAUAAUAAUAAUUAAGCUCAGUAAGCACACUACACACCAGACAAUGUUUAAUAUUUUUUUUAAGUUUAAGACUCCUGUAAUUUUUAGUCCUCUAUUUAGUUAGAUAAUGUUUCUAUACAGUUCAUCCAAAAGUAUGUAAUCAUUUUGUAAGUAGAAUGUCAAAAUUUAUGAUGAAAAAUGGUUUGCUUAAAAAUUAUUUUUUUUUUUAUUGAAUUCUAGAUUUGUUAUUGUGUUUGAUAAAUUGUUUGAUUAAACUAAAGGAUAAUGGGUAGACAGCAAAGCUUAUAAUUGCAUAUACAUACAGGAUUCAGGUAAUAGUGAAGAAAUGUUGUAUAUAAAAAAACCAAUGUGGUAUUCAGUACUGAGGUUUGAGUGCGUUUAAAAAUUAUGCAGUACUUGCCAUGGAAUGAAACAAUAUUGUUUCAUUCCAUGGAACAAUGCUCUUCUCCAGACUGAGGGACUGACCACCUCAAAACUUUAAGGGUGAUGGACUGAUCACAUCGUCUUCAAGUAUCUUCUGCUUCUAUCAACUUUUCUGUACUCGACUGAAGAAGCCUACUGUGUAGGCGAAACGUUUCGAAAUAAAGAUACCUAACUGUUGCAUAUGUGUCUUACCUAACAAAUAUAUUCCUUCUUUGCAGGAUUGACACAGUACCCAUUGCUUUUGGUAUUUUGUUCAUCUCCAUGACCCCUCAUGACCAUCAUACAUAUAGGAUAAUCAGAUACUAUUAGUAAGAUUAGUUUAUUUAAUUAUUGACCUCAUUUAUUACAGUCCUUUAAUCUCUGAAUCUGAACUUCAGCAUUGUCUCCUAAUUUGUUUCUCCCUCCUUUGAAAUUUAUGUUGAACAUAUUUAUAGAUGGGGUUGUAAAAGAGGUGAAUACUAGAGUGAAGUGUGGGAUUAAAAGAUGAAGAAUCUAAUACAGAGUGGGAGUUGUCAAAGUUGCUUUUUUACCAAUGAUGCAGUACUUUUGGGAGAUUUUGAAGAGAAGUUGCAAAGGUUGGUGGAUGAAUUUGGAAGGGUAUGUAAAAGAGAGAAAUUAAAAGUGAACAUAGAAAAGAGCAAGGUGAUGGGGGUAACAAAACAUUUAGGUAAUGAAUGAUUGGAUAUUAGAUAAGAGGGAGUAUAAAGGAAGUGAAUGUGUUCAGAUAUUUGGGAAUAGAUUUGCUGGUAGAUGGUUCCAUGAAAGAUAAGGUGAACCAUAGAAUUGACAAGGGGAAAAAGAUGGGUGGUGCACUGAAGCAUCUAUAGAGACAAGAAUAUUAUGCAUGGAGGCAAAAGGGGUAAUGUAUGACAGUAUAAUGGUACAAAACACACUUAUAUGGGUGUAAAGCAUAGGUUUUGAAUGUUGCAGUGAGGAGGAGGCUGGAGGUAGUGAUGUCAUGUCCGAGCACAAUGUGUUGUGUGAAUUUUAUGUAGAAAAUUCGUAGUUUGGAGAUUAGGAGGUGCGGGGUUAUAAAAAGUAUUAUCCAGAGGGCUGUGGGGGGGGGGGGGUCUUUGAGGUGGUUUGGACAUUUAGAGAGGGUGGUGCAAAAUAGGAUGACUUUGAGUAGAAAUCUUUAGUAGAGGAAAGGUGGGGUAGGGGUCACACUAGGAAAGGUUGGAGGGAGGGGGUAGAGGUUGUUUUGUAUUUUGAGGGACUUGGCCAUCCAACAGGCAUAUGGAGAUGAGUGGUAUUUAUGACUUGACAUUUUGUUGAGUGUGAGCAUGGCAACAUACAUGAAUGGAUUAAGGGAAACCGGUUAGGUAAACUUUGUGUCCUUUCUUCAGUGUGUGUGUGUGUGUGUGUGUGUGUGUGUGUGUGUGUGUGUGUGUGUGUGUGUGUGUGUGUGUGUGUGUGUGUGUGUGUGUGUGUGUGUGUGCGUGUGGUGGGGGGGGGUAUAUGGAAAUCUUCAUCCUUGGAUUGCUUGUGUUUAAUAAUAUUAGUAUUGAGGUUCCUUCCUAUUCCUGGUGUCAUGUUGGUUGAUUGGUUAUGUUUGUGCAAUGGAAAUUUUGUUGCUGAUAUUGUUAGGAUAAUUGAGUACUACUGCACUUUAUUUUGUUCAGUAACUAUCUUUGUGUUUUGGCCUAUCAUCUCUUUGUAAGGUAUUAUUUACAAGUAUGGUGUUCUAUCUUUCUUCCUUCUGGCUGUUAUUCAUGUUAAUUAUUUUUUAAAUGUAUUUAUUUGAUUCUUCAAAGCAGACCCUGGGGAUCAGUUGGGAUAAUCAAGUUUCAAGAACAGUUAGAUCUAAAGAUAUUUUACUGUGACGAGCGGACAUGUAGUGCUCUGAGGAAAAAGGCCCCCUGACCACACUUAUUUAUCUGAUCUUAUUUAUCUGAUCUGAGUGGUAACUGGAAAAAAUUAAGGUAACUGGUCGAAUAUGAAGGCUUUCUCUGACCUGGGAAGUGCAGAAACUGUUUUUAAUUAUUACAUCCAAUUUUUCUGUAACAUCCACAUGGUAGUAUGAAAUCAGCAGAAUGGACCAUGUUCUUACAGCCCAGCAUACCUGGAGAAGGUUUCGGGGAUCAACACCCCUGCGGCCCGGUCUGAGGCCAAGCUUCGUGGUGGAUCAGGGUCUGAUCAACAUGAUUAGAGCAUUGGCCCAGUGGUUUUAGGAUUGGCUAUCCGUGGAUUUCAGUCCUGCCUAUUUAGCAAGUUAUGUACCAUAUUUUCUUUGCAUGUAUUAUGAUCUUCAUUCUGCUAUUUACAGUUCAGAUGCAGUAUGAAGCAAUAGUUUAGGUUGUACAUUUACUAUCAUGUUAUAUUUGAACACCAAUUACUUUAUGGUGACUAUAAUGUAUUAUGUGCAUUUUAGAUUGGUUUGUCAUUCCAUAUUUGUGUUAGCUCAUUCCACUCCUGUUUAGACAUUACCCAUGAGUGAUGCAGUUUACAAGAAUCUUGGUCAUCAAAAUCUUCAGGAUUGUGCAUUAUUUUAUACCUAUAGACAUACUAAAAUACAGACCUUGCUGAAUCUUAAGAAGUAUUGCAUAUUUUGAAUAGUGAGCUCUUUUCCAAAUUAAUCAAUGUGCCUUCAAAAUAGAUGUGAUUUUUUUUCAGUUCAUUGUUACAGAGUGAAUAACAGAACUGUGUAUAUUUAGUGUGUUGUUGUAUUUCGUAACUGCAAAUUUCAUUCCCAAGAGUUAUUUUAUAUAACUUAAAUAUUGAGAUUCUUACAAUUUUAAUUCAUGUUUAUACAUAGUAGUAUGACUUUUUUUGAAAGAACUGUAUACAUCUCAAAGUAUGAUAGAAACUUGCUUUGAUGUAUUACACAAAUGAUUUGUACAUAUGCAAGAUACCUAUAAUAUUUAGUUCUUCAAGGAAAGGUGCCUUGAUGCUUGUGGAGGACUCUUGAUUCAAGGAACUGGAGCCUCGUGCUCAUUCCUCUGGUCAUGCCUGAUUGCCUUCAACUCCCCAAGUGCUCUGUGAGCCCUAUGAAUAUAAUAAUAAUAAUAAUUAGUGUUAAUUUGUGGCCAAUAAUUUUUAUCAGGUUAAUAAUUUUUUAUAUGGAGAAUGGAGCGAAACAGAGUGACUUCAAGAGUGUAUCAGUCUAUAGUGGAAGGAAGGCGGGGUAGGGGUCGGCCUAGGAAAGGUUGGAGGGGGGGGGUAAAGGAGGUUUUGUGUGCGAGGGGCUUGGACUUCCAGCAGGCAUGCGUGAGCGUGUUUGAUAGGAGUGAAUGGAGACAAAUGGUUUUUAAUACUUGACGUGCUGUUGGAGUGUGAGCAAAGUAACAUUUAUGAAGGGGUUCAGGGAAACCAGCAGGCCGGACUUGAGUCCUGGAGAUGGGAAGUACAGUGCCUGCACUCUGAAGGAGGGGUGUUAAUGUUGCAGUUUAAAAACUGUAGUGUAAAGCACCCUUAUGGCAAGACAGUGAUGAAGUGAAUGAUGGUGAAAGUUUUUCUUUUUCGGGCCACCCUGCCUUGGUGGGAAUCGGCCAGUGUGAUAAUAAUAAAAAAAAAAUUUAUAUGCUGUUCAUUAAAAAAAUUAAAUGUUAUAGGUCACAUUGUAUGUAAAUAAAAAAAAACUGCUCUCUUACUAUGCUCAGCAAAUUUCUGGAUAACUCCACAGUUAACUUUUUUUUAAUUUUUAACAAAUGAUGAACCUCUCUCAUUGUAAUUAAAAAAUACAAUGAAAACAGCAGGGAUUUAAAUGCACAAACACCACAAGGCAGUAGAUUUGUUGUAUCCUGGAAUUUCAUCCUUGCAUACUAGAGUUGUACUUGUGUGUUUGUCUUCAGUAUGUGGAGGACUGCUGAGACAAUGAUGACUCUCAUGGUUGUCUCAGAGCUUCAUGUGAUUGUCUGUCGUAGCUUUAGUUAAACAGUACUGAAGAAAGUCACAUUACUGUUCAAUUUUUUUUCUGGGGAGGUGGGGGGACUGUUUUGCUCUGAUGCUAAAAUGUUGCAAUGCAAAUUUGUUCUACAGUGUCUUUUUCUUUAGUAUUGUUUGUAAUACAUCAUUUGCAUCCAAUGAAAUACUAUUAAGUGUUAUAUUUCAACAAAAAUUUUAAUGUGUUUUAUUUCUAGAAAUUUAAAUAACCCGGAUAAUAAUACUUCUUGGUAGUAGGUUGGUAGACAGCAACUGCCCAGGGAGGUACUACUGUCCUGCCAGGUGAGUGUAAAACGAAAGUCUGUAAUUGUUUUACAUGAUGGUAGGAUUACUGGUGUCUUUUCUCUGUCUCAUAAACAUGCAAGAUUUCAGGUAUGUCUUGCUACAUCUACUUACACUUAGAUCACACUACACAUACAUAUACAAGCAUAUAUAUAUAUAUGCAUACACACCCCUCUGGGUUUUCUUCUGUUUUCUUACUAGGUCUUGUUCUUGUUUAUUUCCUUCCUCUUAUCUCCAUGGGGAGGUGGAACGGAAUUUUUCCUCCGUAUGCCAUGCGUAUUGUAAGAGGCGACUAAAAUUCCGGAGCAAGGGGGUAGUAACCCUUUCUCCUGUAUAAAUUACUAAAUUUAAAACGAGAAACUUUUGUUUUUCUUUUUGGGCCACCCUGCCUCGGUGGGAUACGGCCGGUUUGUUGAAAGAAGAAUAAUUCUUCACUUAGCCCUGGAAUCCUCCAAAGAACAAAAUACCAAUAAUAUGAAGAAUGUAAUAUUGUAUUCUCAUAAAUACAUAUUUAAAUUAC